AUGCUUUCAAGUGUUGAUGCCGAGACAUGCAACCAGCUCAGCUUGGACAACCCAUUACCAGCUCUUCAACGGUCCGAGUCUGAUGCCGGUACCAAGAAGAUGGCCAUUCCACGACUUGCAGAAGGGGCAGAUUCAGCCUUUACCUCACCUGGUAGAUUCCACCGUCGGCAUGUGCGUCGAGCAUGCGAAAGUUGUCGCCAGAGAAAAACCAAAUGCACUGGUGACAAGUCAGGCUGUCGUAAUUGCCGGGAGGCUGGCAUCAUUUGCUGCUAUACCGAUGGUAAAAGAGAAAAGUCGAAACGGCAGCUGGCCAGUCUGUCAGCUAAGGUACAGGCCUAUGAAGAUGUCAUCAGAAAGCUGAGCGACCGUUUUGGAGUCUCUGAUGAGCAGCUUGUUAACAUUGCCUUGGUAGCGGAAUCAGCUCCUGAGUUGGCGCUAAACGUCGAUGCUAGCCUGGCUGGUACAGGCGAGAGAAGUCGGAUCUCAGGCUCGGAACCACCGCCUGAUCGAGCUUCAUCGCCCGGAGCAUUGGAUUGUAUUGACCAUACAGAAGAAGACUUUAACAGAGAUGAGACAGCACGAGCAACUGGAUUCAUUGGUAGAAGCUCGGAGAUUGCUUGGCUUCAAAAGCUAAGCAAGGAAGUCAACAACGAGUGUGAGGAGUGGUCUUCAAGCAAAUCCAAUGAAGAUGAUGAUAACGGUCUGCCCUCUCCAACUUUGACACCCCUGCCUGAGAGGCCCAGCGAUCCAUUGGUGGCUUCCUCAAACUACUAUAUUGACGACUUGGAGGCCCCAAAGAAAGACCAGGUUGAUGCAUUCGGGGUACCCUCACGGGACACAGCGACUAAACUACUCAAUGCCUAUCUGACCUCAGUUCACCCGUCCUUCCCAAUCAUUGGCAUCUCUACAUUCAUUUCGCAGUUCCAAGUCUUCUUCAGUCAACCCUCCCUCAAGCCAGGGAGUAAAUGGCUGGCUAUUCUCAAUCUGAUUUUCGCCAUUGCAUCGAAGUAUGGACAGUUGACCGAUGCCGAGUGGAAAGAGGGCGAAGAUGAUCAUCAAAUGUACUUCUCUCGGGCAAGAAGUCUGUGUCUAGAAGACCAGCUUUUGCAUCAUCCUGAUUUGCAGCAAUUGCAAGUCGAGGGGCUUGCUUGCUUUUACUUGAUUUCAUCUGGCCAUAUCAAUCGAGCCUGGAAGUUGUCUGGAAGUGCCAUCAGAGGAGCAUUAGGCCUUGGGCUACAUCUUCAAAACGUGGGUGUAUGCACAUCUGAUACGUCAAAGGAAAUACGAUAUCGCGUCUGGUGGUCACUCUACAACAUCGAGCAUCUUCUUGGUGUCAUGACCGGGCGUCCGUCCUGCAUUAUCGACAGCUCUUGUACCACACCACUUCCAGUUCCAUUCGAUGAAAGUGACUUUCAGAAAGAAGAAGUUGCUCAGCUCAUCAGUGUCGCUGGACGUGGUACAUCGAGCCCUCUGGAUCGCAUGUCAUUCAGCAGUAGCGCAGCCACCUUGGACUCUACUGCAGAUUCGGACACAAACGACACUCCGGCUGAAAGCGAUACAAGAAGAAGUCGGUCUGAGUACUUGAAGAGUCUUCCACCAUGCAUGUCGCUAUACUUCUUGCAGAUGACAUCGUUGACUACCAUCGCCAAGCGAAUGACGACCAAGCUAUACAGCCCAGAGGCACUGCAGUCCCCAUGGGCGAGUAUCGAAUUCACCAUCCAGAGCCUCAUGCUCGGCAUUGAUUCUUGGUUCAUGAAUCUUCCAUCGGCCUACGACUUUACUUCCACGCAGACUUCCCAAUGCCCCGUGGGACAGCGAAUGGGACUUGCCUUUCUGUUCUACAGUACCAAAAUUGGAAUCUCCCGUCCGUGUUUGUGUCGACUUGAAUCAUCUCCUCCCGAGGAUGACAAGACACAUGAGUUCUGCAGAAAGACUGCUACCGAGUGUGUCGAGUCUGCAUGUCAUAUGUUGACAUUAUUCCCGGACAAUCCAGACGCUGCGAUGCUACAUCGAAUUUCUCCAUGGUGGUGCACACUGCAUUAUCUGAUGCAAGCAACAACUGUCCUUCUGUUGGAACUUUCAUUCCAUUCCCAGCAUGUUCCUGAGAAAGCAAACAUGGUACUGAAAGCUGCGAAAAAGGCUAUAGACUGGCUUUCGGCACUAUCCAAGACGAACAUGGCGUCGGAAAGAGCCUGGAAGCUCUGCGACGGAUUCUUGCGCCGCCUGGCACCCCACAUCAGAAUUGAUGUCAAUGAGAUCUCUGACAAUGAGGAGUCAUCGAGUAACUCUCUUUUCGAUGCUCCAGACAUUAUCAGCUCCACUGAAGCCGGAGAUAAUCAAUUUAUUGACGAUCUCACUUUCGAUCAGUCGUCGAGCUUGUCCGCAGCUCCUGUGGUUACGGCAAAUUCCAUUGCUGCUGAGAUGGACUCCAUUGUUUGCUCGCCAAUAAAGCCGCCUGUCAGUCCUCUUGAUAUGUCGGUGCCCUACAAUAUCGAGGCACCUGAUCUUUUAGAGACAUUAGCCAAGUCGGAGAAUUCUCUGCCGGGUCAACUACCCUAUGACGAGUUAUUCCCCUAUGACCCAGCGACUGGUCAAAUUACUGGAUCAUUCUUCCCUUCGGGGCCGAACAUGGACCUUGAUAUGGGGUAUUUCUGGGGCGAUGCAGUGUGUUAA